AUGGCCGGAGAGGCGGUCGCCACAUUGGAGGCCAUUGCCCCAGUUGGAGGAGCUUGGACCCGCUUCGCCGACGAGGUAGCCUGCCAUGCCAGAGGCCAUUGCGAGCGCAUAAACCGUCUGCGAGAUCAUCGCGAACCCGAAGAAUCCGGUGAUCUCGAAGAGGUAGUGCGGGCAGGUGAUGAACUCGAAGAGCCCGCCUUUGGGGAUCUUGUACCCUGUAUCGUUGUCACCUCCCUUCCUAAGUUGCGAGAUGAGGUAGUGGUGGUAGAAGUUGCCGGCGAUGCCAACGGCCAAGAGGAGGACGCCUGGGUAGAGGAGGUCCGUUGUAUGGUCAGGGAGUUCGACGGCGAGGUGUCGCGCGUAGAUCAUGGUGAUGGCGCUGAGCAGGUAGCUGGAGGAGAUGGUGAGCGCCGUGUUGAGUAG